GAGACGUGCCCAGAUAUAAGAUAGGAAGACUUGGGAGUACUUAUUCUGCAACCAAUCUCACUUCUCAUCCAACACAACAAUUGCACACCAAUAUCUAAAGCGCCUCGACACUUAAAUCUUUCUUCUAUUUCUUGCCUACUAACCAUGUCAAUCAAAAACGUCAUCAUCAUCGGGGCGGGCGGAAACCUAGGACCCUCAGUUCUGAAUGCCUUUUUGAAAGAGUCUUCUUUCAACACAACUGUGCUCUCACGUCAAAACUCAAAUUCCACAUUCCCUCCCGAUGUCAAAGUGAUCCACGCAGACUACGAUUCGCUAGAGAGUCUCCAAACAGCUUUCAAAGGACAGGAUGCCGUCGUAUCUCUUGUCGGUGGCAUGGCGCUUGGUGAUCAGCACAAGCUCAUUGAUGCUGCUAUUGCGGCAGGCGUGAAACGUUUCCUACCCUCAGAGUUCGGAAGCAACACGGCUAGCAAGCGGGCUCGUGAAAUUGUGCCCGUGUUUGAGGCCAAGUUUGCUACGGUUAACUAUCUCAAGAGCAGGGAGGCGGAAAUCAGCUGGACGGGUAUAAUCCCUGGAGCUUUCUUUGACUGGGGACUUAAGGUUGGGUUCUUGGGCUUCCAAAGCCACUCCAAGACAGUUAACUUUUUCGAUGAGGGCGAAGCUACAUUCUCCACAACGAACCUUCACCAAAUUGGUGUUGCAACAGUCAAGGCUCUCGAGCAUGCGGAUCUGACAAAGAACCAGUACGUGUACAUCAGCGGCUUCCAGACAUCACAAAAGGAAAUCCUGGCAGUGGCGGAGAAGGUGACUGGUACAAAGUGGACACUGGAGAAGAUCAGUACUAAGGACCAUAUUGCACAAGCCCGUGAGAAGCUCCAGAAGGGAGAAUUUUCGGCCAUUGCAGAUCUGCUUCAGGGCUUGGCAUUUUCAAAGGACGAGCAGCUGGGCGAUUUCUCGUCUUUGGGUCUUUGGAACGACAAGCUUGGAGUGCCAAAGGAGAGCCUUGAGGAGACUGUGAAGGCAGCGCUUGUUUAGAGAUGUGGAUAGACAAGUAACGAAUGCAAGAGUCAUGUU